AUGCACAGUAUAUUCUCCAGAAUCAAUAACGUCUCCGCGUUGCUCUCAUCAUGUACGAUGGCGCUUCUCGCAGCUAUCGCGCUCUCCACUCUGGUGUUCAACGCGGACCCCAAGGGCGACCUUGCCAUUGCUUCCAUAAAAGUAUAUCCUGGAACUACUCGUAGAUACGCGAAAACGAAGCAAGAUCUUGCGUUUGUCAACUUCAACAUCACUGCAGAUCUGACGCCGUUAUUUCACUGGAAUACCAAGCAACUCUUUCUUUAUCUAGAAGCUGAAUACAUCAACGCCCAAGGAGUGAAGAACGACGUCGUGAUCUGGGAUCGCAUUGUCCGUCGCAAAGAAGAUGCAAACAUCAAUGUCGCAGGGAAGAACAAGUACAACUUCCGUGAGCUUUCCGCAAGCUUCAAGAAUGUCCCUCCGGCGAACUAUUCCUUGAAGUACAACGUGAUGCCUUACGUUGGCUAUCUUACCUACGGAGAAAUUGCGAAAACUGUCGAACCAGUAGCGUUCCCUCGUUCACAGCCGCGUGUAUAA